UCUGAAACAAAAAUGAAUAUAAAAAAUAAUAUACUUUAUGGCGAGCCAAUGCCAGAAAUUCCAAAUAUUUCUCUAGGGCAAUAUUUGUUCAACAAUUUACAUAACAAUCCCAAUGACAUCGUACAAAUAGAUAUCGAGACUGAUACACGUUUCACGCGUAAAGAGAUUCUCGACAAGAGUAUAAGAUUAAGCAUUGCUUUGCGAAAUUAUGGAAUUAACAUGGAAGACAGAGUUUGUCUUACAAGCGAAAAUCAUCCAAAUCUGAUGAUAGCGAUGUGUGGCACAUUUUUCAACGGAAUUACGUUCGCACCUUUAAAUCCAGCAUACACUGAAAGAGAAUUCAGCCACAUGUUGGAAAUUUAUCAGCCACGAGUGAUAUUCGUAUCUCGACGCACCGAAAAGCUUUUGGUAAAAGUCGCGUCUACUUUAAGCUGGGAUAUAAAAUUAAUAGAAUUGGACGACGAAGCUCUCGAUGGAAAUGUGGUAACGUUGAACGUGUUUUUGGAAAAAUAUGGAAAUAUCCUCGUGUGUCCUCGUAUGUUCACACCGGUGCAAGUGGACAGCAAGAGAAUGGCAGUCAUCCUUUGUUCUAGCGGCACAACGGGUUUUCCAAAAGGAGUGAUGAUCUCUCAUCGAAAUUUAUUAACCUUCAUUCAGAGUAUAAGCAAGCCGAACUUCUUGAACCUUCAACAAGGAGAUCGAAUGAUAAUUUUCUUGCCACUGUUUCACGGCUACGCUUUCGGGAUGAUGUGCAAUUGCAUAUGCUUCGAUACGAUCAUGUGUUUAAUGCGAGAUUACAAUACGGACAAGUUACUGAACUCCAUUCAAAAGUACAAGAUCACACAUUUGCCACUCGUCCCACCUAUCCUGGUAGCUAUCCUGAAACAUCCAAUGUUGUCAAAUUUCGACUUCAGUAGCGUGAAAGAAAUAUUGUGCGGAGCGUUGCCGCUUCCACUCGACAUCGCGAACGAACUGAAACGGCGCACGAAAGUGAAAAAUAUACGGAACGGUUACGGCAUGACGGAAUUGACAGUGGUAUCGAAUCUGAGCGAGAGAUCGUGCAAAGACGCCUCGAUCGGCCCCCCGUUGCCCGGUUUCAAGUGCAAGGUGGUGAGCAUGGAGACGGGGGAGACGCUUGGGGCGGGGAAAGUGGGGGAAAUUUGCUUCGCUGGGGAUCAGAUAAUGUUGGGAUACUACAAGAAUCCGAAAAGCACCGCGGAAACGAUCGACGAGCGGAAUUGGCUCCACACGGGCGAUCUGGGAUAUUUCACCGAGGAUGGAGGAUUGUACGUCACGGGGCGAAUAAAGGAAAUCAUCAAGUACAAAGGUUUCCAAGUGGCGCCAAGCGAGAUCGAGGCAUUGUUGCUAACGCAUUCGAGUGUCAAGGACGUGGCUGUGUUGGGUAAACCCGACGAGGUGAGCGGAGAGUUGCCGAUGGCCGUGGUGGUGAGGCAACCGGGCCAGAACGUGACGGCUGAAGAAAUUGUGGAUUUCGUGAAAAGAAAUUUAUCGCCGCAGAAAUGGCUGAGAGGCGGUGUUAAAUUCGUCGAAACUUUACCCAAGACUCCAUCCGGCAAAGUUCUCCGCAGGCAGUUGAUUAAUAUCGUGUUAUCCAAAUUGUGAAUUGUAUUAUAUAUUCUGUACGCAUGAUCACGUCGAAUAAAACUCCUUUUCUAAUAAAAA